CUUAAGAAUAGGAAAAAAAAAUCAAAGGCCGAGUCGAUUCAUUUCCUUAACCACGAUAUGGAGGAUUGUCAACUCUCCACACGGCCCGGAGUCAUGCAAUUCAAAGGCCCAUUUUGAAAUAUACCUUAGAACCCCAACUCACCAAUCAAGCAUGAAAACAUACUUCCACUAAAGAAAAAGGUUACCAAUUGAUGAAGAAGAAGAUGAAAUUGAAGAAAUUGGAGCUUGAAGAAGACUGCCCACCACUCGCCGGAGCUUUUGCUGCCGCCGGUUCGCGUCUGCAGGCCGUCCGCCACCGUCUGCUUCCUCCUCUGGUGCGCGGCUUCAAUCUCAGUUGCCGCGGCCUAGAGCCGCGGCUCUCUGCGUCAUAUUUCCCCCUCCUUUGGAGCUUCGACUCAUCGCCAAUUUAUAGCAAGAAUCGUAUAUCCGUUGGAGAUUUGAAUGAGGGGCGAGAUUUUAGGCCGAACGUUGGAGCUUUGAUUUGGAGCGGGUCUUCCAUCACCGUUGAAGAAGAAGUCGAAGAAGAAAGAACAGCUGACAUCUCUUUUCACUCUUGCGUGAAACUAAGGAAGGAGGGGGAGAGUUUGGGCUUGCUUGUUGGGUCGAGAAUCGACCAUUUUGUACUGAUUGAAAUUACUAACAAGAAGCUUCUUGCUAGAAGCAUCCUCGGCUAUAUACUUCUCCUCUACAGUGUCCCAAAGUAACUUCGCAGAUUUAAUAAAUUGGUAAACAUCAA